ACAUGAAAUGAAACGACUUUACGUUACGACUACGAGUGGUGCUCUUUGUCAAUAGUGUUUUUCCGUGCUAGCGUAUCGUGUCGCGAUGUAAAUUAUCUGCCGGUGUUUGUUGUUCCAUAAAACGCGCGCUUCUUAACUUUUAUAAAACUAUUGUGACACUUUGAAAUAAUAAAUAUUUUAUAAUAAUGUUGUUUCAUGUGUACAAGUCUAUUUAACUAUAAUGAUUGCUGGUAAAAUCAGUACACAUUGAUUUAGUAUGAUUGGGUCGUUAUUUUUGGGCUCACCGGACGUAUUCGAAUGUUUGGUGCUUCGUUUUUUUUUACUCUUGAAUUUUGUCGUAAAGUAUACUCGUGUGAAAAGUAUGAGCGAGUGAUUUAGAACUUUUAUUAUUGGAUGUCGGUGAUGAUCAAAUAAUUUCUCGUGGCACGGAAUAGUGCGGUGAUCGAGGAUGUCUGUGUCGGGGACCACAACACCGACGGCGGUGGAAGCGCCAGCUCUAGACGACCGCGACAUGGAGCCGCGGACUCCUAUGAAGCGUCUCGGUUCUACGAGGAAACUGGCAGCUUUUAAUAACAUCCGCGUGCAGCUCUCUGAGCAGACUCGUGUGCUGGAAGCGCGCGCGGAGGCGGCUGCGGGCGUGGCGGGCGAGCUGCACGACUACUGCCGCCGCCGAGCAGACCUCGAGCACGAGUACUCGCGAGCGCUCGACAAACUGGCGCGCGCAGCGGCGCAGCGGCACAAGGACCAGAAGCACAAACGAGAGCAGUGGCCUUUAACCGGAGCGUAUGCCUGCUGGCAAGCAGCGCUCGAUAACACCCGGGCGCUGUCUCGCGAUCACGCCGCGCUCGCGGACCUCUACGGUGGACCUCUCGCCGCCCGUCUGCAGCGCGCCGCCGAUGACGUGCUGCGAUUGCAUAGGAAAUGUCGAGAUAUCGUGGCGGAGCGGCACGAGGAGGUGGGCGUGGCUCUGGCGGAGGCGGCGGCGGGCGGCAAGGCGCACGCGGCCGCCGCGGCCGAGUGGCGCGCCGCCGCGCUCAAGCUGCGCCACGCGCACCACGCGCGCCAGGCGCUGCUGGCCGCCGACCCGCCGCGCCACAAGAAGAUCAAGGCGCUCGACAAGGAGCUCGAAAAGCGUCGGACGCGACAUAGUGAGGCUCGACAGAAGGCGUUGCGGGCUCGAGCAGAUUACGUGCUCAGCUUAGAGGCGGCUAACGCUACCCUACAGAGAUACUACCUCGACGACAUCGCAGAUAUAAUGCUGUGCACGGAGGUCGGCUUCGAGGCGGUGGUGGGGCGCGCCGUGCGCACGGCCAGCGCGGCGGAGAGCGCGCGCGCGCAGGCCGUGUGCGCCGCCGCCGGCGCGCUGCUCGCCGCCGCCGACGCGCUCGACGCGCUCGCCGACCGCCAGCGCUUCGUGGCCGCGCACCCCGCCGCCUUCGCCCUGCCGCGCCCCCUGCCCUACCUCGGCGACGCGCCGCCCGCGCAGGACAAGGAGAUGCGCGAGCUGCUGGAGGGCGCGGCCGACGAGCGCGACGAGGCGGCGGACGCGGCCACGCGGGACCUCUCGCAGCGCCUCGUGCAGCUGGAGGCCAGCGCGCGCACCCUCCGCGCCGAGUGCCGCGAGGCCGCCAAGACGCUCGACGCCGCCGAGGCGGAGCUCGUGCGCCAGAUGGAGGGGCCCGACGCCACCUGGGAGGUGGACACGCUAUUCGGAGCCACGGCCGUGCCGCCCGCGCCCCCUCCCGCCGAGGACGAUGCGCCGCGAAGAGACCAGGAGGACUACUAUCUCGCGAAGUUCCGAUCGUACGUGUCGUGCGCGGGCCGCCUCGCCCGGCUGGAGAGCAAGGCGGUGGCGGUGCGCGAGCGCCUGCUGGGCGGCAGCGCGGGCGCCGCGUCCCCGCGCUCGCCGCCCUCCCCCCCGCGCCGCGCCGCCGCGCGUCGUCGCGGACACUUCGCCGCGCCGCUCGACGACCGCCUGCCCGCCGUGCUCACGUCCUGCGUGCGCGUCAUCGCCACCUACGGUCUGAACCACCAGGGAGUGUUCCGCGUGUCGGGCUCGCAGGUGGAGAUGCAGGCGCUACGCGCGGCUUUCGAGCGCGGCGAGGACCCUCUGGCGGACGUGUGCGACGCCUCCGACAUCAACUCCGUGUGCGGCCUGUUGAAACUGUACCUGCGCGAACUGCGACCGCCCCUGCUGCCGCCGCAGCUGCAGGAGCGGCUGCUGCGCGUGGCGGCGCUGCCGGACGACGCGUCGUUCGUGCGGCGCCUGCGCGACACGCUGGCCGCGCUGCCGCUGCCGUCGCUGCUCGUGCUGCGCUACCUGUUCGCAUUCCUGGCGCACCUGACCGAGCACGCGGACCGCAACAUGAUGGACGCGUGGAACCUCGCCAUCUGCCUCGGUCCCACGCUGCUGGCGGCGUGGGGCGAGGGCGGCGCACAGGUGGCGGCGCAGAACCUCGUCAACGAGCUGGUGAAGCGCGCCAUCCUGCACCACGCCGAUGUGUUCCCGCAAGACGUGGCACCGCAUGCGCUGUACCGGCGCGCCGAGCCGGCGCCGGGCCCGGAUGCGGCCGGCCCGGACGCGCCCGACGCGCCGCUCGCCGCCUGCGCGCGCGCCGACGACGAUGACGCGCAGCGCGACCUUUCACUGUACGAUGACGACGAAGACGACGACGACGACGACGACGAUGACGACGACGACGGCGCCGUCAGCGACCUGGACGCCGACGCGGACUGGCGCCGCCCCGCGCCGCGCCGGUACGCUCCCUCAGUCAUCCGACGCUUACGACACCACUACAUUGCUUUACUUGCAUGCAGUACCGACGACUCCCACCCGGGUCACUGAUCAGCACCGUCACUGUCUGUGUGUGCAGGUCGUCGAGCGGCGAGCGGCGCGCCCCGCAGGUACCCGCCUGAGGCCCGGCCGCGUCCCGCCGCCCCGCGCCCGUCCCGGCCCGUCCCGCGCCCGUCCCGCGCUCGCGGCGGAAGGGACCCGCGGGGGGCGGGACGUCUCCUAGUCUACUCACUCGAUAGUUCAAUUUUAACAGCGCUCGGAUUGUGAAUCCGGCGUUUCCGAAGUUAGUGAUAAAAUAAGCUUUCGGUGAAGUCGUUUCCAUUCGUCUUCCGUUUAGAUUUUGCAUUUUUUAAUGAAGCGAGUCUGAUUCGAGUGAUCUUCGAAAAAUUUAUUUUUUGUGUAUUUAUCUCUCGAAUCAUCUCAAUAUUAGACUAGAGUUUAUUUCUCUUUUUUAUAAAUAUUUAAACCGAGUGUCGCGUCGCGAGGUUGAGUUUUCUCUAAAAUUUUUAUUCGUAUUCGUAUUAAAUUUUAAACACUUGAAUACAACUUAUUUGAUCACUACGGAAGUUCUUACAGCUAAUUAGCAUCGAAGUAAUGCAUGCCUCAUAUACUCUUGGAUUACCUGCUCUACAUAUUUUUUGCUAUUUUUGAGUGCGGUUAUUUUUAUUUGAUUGUGAUUAAUGUUUUCAUUGAAUAAACGAUAGUUGUGAACGGAUGUGAUCAUAUCGACGGGAGGAUACUUGUAACGUCUCGAAGGUGCUUCUUAUUUAAGCGCAACAGUAUUAUAUGAAAUAUAAAUAAACAUAUAAGCAACGC